UGCCGUCGUCAAAGCCCGUCGCGUGUUUCAUUCGCGUUCGUUGCACCGAGUAAGGUCCAUACGACUUUGAAGACAUGGCACAUUUCCAGAGCCACGACGAGCACUCAGGCGUCCACCGGACCGACGAGCACGGCAAACCCAUCGUGUGGACAGAUGAGCAUGGUGACCCCAACCGUCCCGCGGACGAAUAUGCGAACCCCGUUUACCCGAGCAGCGACCCUUAUGGGAAGCUAGGGGUUGCUCCGCCGGCAACCGGGCACGGCGUCGGCACGGAGCACCGCACUCUAGGCGGCAUGCUCCAUCGCUCGGGAAGCUCUAGCUCUAGCUCUUCGGAAGACGACGGGCACGGAGGGAGGAAGAAGAAAGGUCUCAAAGAGAAAAUAAAGGAGAAGCUGCCGGGGCGCCAUGACGACGUGCUGCCAUCUCACGCCGCCGCGAGCACCACCCCGGGCGGCCACCGUGCCACGGGGGAGCGGCAUGAGAAGAAGGGAGUCAUGGACAAGAUCAAGGAGAAACUCCCCAGCGGUCACCAUCAUCAUCACUAGUUGCAGUCAUCUGGGACUCUCGGAAUCCAAUGGCGCUUGUAGUAACUUCCUCGUUGUAUAAUCUUCAAGCUAGUUAUUUUCGCUCUUCCAUUGUUCAUGGUUCUGUUCUGUUUGUGUGGUGUAGUCAGAGUUCAGCACUCUGAAAGAGAAUAAUGUAUUAUCCUUCUCGAUCUUCA